AUGGAGUCGGAGCUGCUAGGGGAGACCCCUGUGUGCUCCCCGGCAGAGCCAGUGCACUGGCAGUUCCUGACUCUGCUGGACACUGUGGGCAGGCGGAAUGGACAGGUGCUAGUGAUGGAGAUGGAUGAUGUACAUGAGGCAGCCCCGCUCGUGCAGAUGGACUUUGCCCAGGAGCUCUUCAGAGGGAUCGACCUAAAGACCAAACUCCACCGGAAGGAGGAAAUCAAGGAGGAAGAGCAGGAGAUGCAACCGCAGCUGGUCUUCAUGCUCUGGCAAGCUGCCACGCUGAGGCAGCUCAUGCAGUGGGAACACCUGGAUGAAACACUCUGGAACUUAAGGAAUCUCUUUCCCUGCAUGCCAGCGGCUCUGGUCCUGGUGAUGAUCCAGCCAGACCUGCAGCACCAGCAGGUGGAACCAGGACGGGCAGCCGGGGCGCUACGGAGAAUGCAGUGCUUGCUGGAUGGUGGCUUCCAGGAACUGGUGGUGGAAGCAGCUGUUUACAGCCCAGGCCAGCCAGAUGGGACCCUGGAGGUCAAGAGAGCUGCCUGCAGAGCCCUGAGAGAAGUUCUGAAGGGCCAAGAAGAAAUGACUCCCCAGGAUCCAGUUACCAUCCGACUCAGCCUGGGGGUGUGCAACACAGGAUACGAAAGACGGUAUGAGGACAGGCUCCCUUAG